AUGCAUUUGUUGCUAAAACGACACAAUAAACACAUUUGUAACAUUUAUGCAUCAAACUUGUCAACAAAGUGGGCAAAAACGGGCAAAAAUCAAAUUCUUGCAAAUUUAAACUCUGACCAAUUUUUGGAUGUCAUUUAUUGGAGUAGACAAGUGUUAGCCAUUUUCAUGGGUAUGAUUUGGGGAUUUAUAGGAAUUACCGGAUUCUUUGGUAUUGCGUCUUUUGUUGCUCUCAAUUCCAUAGCAGUUUAUUUGUAUUCAGUCCGAUUCAAUAAUGAUACCGAAGAUAUAAUGGAAUUUGUCAAAGAAGGUUUCAUGACGUCUUUUGCCGGAUUUUUGGUAAUUUUUUGCUUUCCUUUAAUGGCUAUUAAUUUCAUUGAUUGAUUUUCAAACAGUUAU